CGCUGCGGGACGCCCGGCGCCGCUUCGGCACGCGCCCGGCGCGCGCCCCCGCCAUGGACUAUCAGGAUGCCAUCCGGACCCUCAACACCCUGCAGACCAACGCCAGCUACCUGGAGCAGGUGAAGCGGGAGCGCGGUGACCCUCAGGCACAGCUAGAAGCCAUGAAGAGCUUUUUGGAGAGGAGUGGGCUGAAGGUCGAGGACCUGGAUCGACUGAACAUCAUCCACGUCACAGGGACGAAGGGCAAGGGCUCAGCAUGUGCCUUCACCGAGUGCAUCCUCCGCAGCUACGGGCUGAAGACAGGCUUUUACAGCUCCCCUCACCUGGUGCAGGUGCGGGAGCGGAUCCGCAUCAACGGGCAGCCCAUCAGCAGGGAGCUCUUCAGCAAGUACUUCUGGCUCGUCUACAACCGCCUGGAGAAGACCAAGGACCCGGUGCACGCCAGCAUGCCGGCAUACUUCCGCUUCCUCACCAUCAUGGCCUUCCAUGUCUUCCUGCAGGAGAAGGUGGACCUGGCGGUGGUGGAGGUUGGCAUUGGCGGCGCCUACGACUGCACCAACAUCAUCAGAGCACCAGUGGUGUGUGGCGUCUCAUCUCUGGGCAUCGACCACACCAGCAUCCUGGGGGACACCAUGGAGAAGAUCGCUUGGCAGAAGGGGGGCAUUUUUAAGCCCGGCGUGCCGGCGUUCACCGUGGCUCAGCCGGAGCGGCCGCUGCAGGUGCUGCGGGACCGAGCCCAGGAGCGGGAGUGUCCCCUCUACCUCUGCCCAGAGCUGGAUGCCUUCGAGGAGGGCCGUGGGGUGCUGGAGCUGGGGCUGGCGGGUGCACACCAGCGCUCCAACGCCGCCCUGGCCUUGCAGCUGGCGCGGACGUGGCUGCAGCGCUGUGGCUGCCAGGGUUUCGAGGAGCUGAAGGAGGUGCUGCCGGGUGCUCAGCUGGCCGGGAGGCCGGUGCCACUGGCACCCACCUUUCAACCCAGCGCUGCCAUGAUCCAAGGCCUGCGGGACACAGAGUGGCUGGGCCGGACCCAGGUGCUGCCCCACGGCCCCGUGAUGUGGUACCUGGACGGGGCCCACACCACCAGCAGCAUCCAGGCCUGCGUGCGCUGGUUCCGCCAGGCUGCCCUCAACCGGGACAAACCCCACGACGGCUCCGAGGUGCGUGUGCUGGUCUUCAACGCCACGGGGGACCGGGACACGGCGGCACUGCUCAAGCUGCUGCUGCCCUGCCACUUUGACUACGCUGUCUUCUGCCCCAACUUCACACAGGCGUCAGCAGCUGGCAACGUGGACCAGCAAAACUUCAACGUGACACUGGAGAACGCCCUGACCCGCUGCCUGGAGAACCAGCGGACGUGGACUCGGCUGCUGGAGGAGAAAGGGGGGCAGGACCCCUGGCUCCCGGCCCCUCUGCGGGUCGGGGGGCUGCUGCAGCCAGCCCCUUCCCGAGGCGCCCUGCUCCUGGUGCCCCCCUCGCCGCGGCCCCUCAACUCCCCGGCGCUGGUGUUCCCGUGCCUGGCGCAGGCACUGCGGUGGGUGGCGCAGGGCCGGGACCCGUGCCUGGCGGCACCGGCGGCCGUGGGCGCCCACCCGCACCCCGCGGCCAGCAGCGGGGCUGUGCUGCUGCGCGAGGCGGCCGCCGUGCGCGUCCUGCUCACCGGCAGCCUGCACUUGGUGGGGGGGGCCCUGCGCCUGCUGGACCCGUCGCUGUCCCAGUGACAGCCUGGGGGCACGUGGAGCUUGGCGUCUGUUUUUACUUGAAGUGCCGGUUCUGCCCCCUCCCGAUGCUGCUCAGGCGGGGGGGACACGAGGAGACCCCCUCAACCCCAUCCCGGCUCGGCCCUUUUCACCCCAGUGCCUUUUGCCUGUGCCCCUCCAGGGCACUGGCCAUGGGGGGGAUGCCCCCAGCCCACCUUGGUGAGGAUAACUGAGGGGAGCUACCCCAGGCUGUGCCGGGGUCCUGGCUCCCGGGGGUGGCAGUUUUGGGGGAGCGGGAGGUGGGAGCCUCCAGCUGUGGUGAGGCUCAGCAUCAGGCUGCCGCUAAUUUAACAUAGGGGAGAUUUUUAUUAUUAUUAAUAAGAGUUGGUAACUUGUUUGGGGAGCUGGGGGGGGGACACCUGUGGCUUCUGCCCAUUGCCCCAUGGGGGAGCAGCAGCCCCACACCCCCUCCCCCCAAUAAAAUUCUUGCUGCUCCCA